AGUUUUCAAGGCAGAUUUCUACAUUAUGACAAACAUAUUUUUUACCUUAUUAUUUUUCGAAGUUUUUACUCCGUUGUAGUCAUGAAUAUUACAUCGUCAAAUCCAGAUUUUGAAAGGAGAGAUUCAAAGGACUCUAUGUGUGGGUCCUUGAAAGACAACGCGGCUCCAAUGCUUUUAUAUUCUCCAAUUGGUUACGAGAGCGAUCAAAGUCUAUCAGGUGAUAUCCCCUCUAUAGUAGUCAGUUCUCAUACCAAUCAAAGAAUGGUUGAAAAUUUUUCACAAAUAUCGAAACCGUCCGAUCUUAAUCCAGAUCCAAAUUCCGUGAAAGAUUUCCGAACAGCCUGCUCGUAUUUGGUUAAUGUUACAGCAAUGGUUAAUACAGCAUACAUUACAUUAGGUAGAUUGGUUAAACAAAUUGGAACUGGUCGAGAUAAUAUUACUGUUCGAGACAAAAUACACCAAACUAGUUCUACAACGAAUACCUUAAUUGGUUCGACGAAGUUACUUUUUGAAAAAGUCAGAGGAUUUAAUUUGGUAGAUGGAACUGAAAGGGACAGCUGGAUUAAACUCAAGGAUGACUUUAAAGGAACUGUACAAAGCUAUCAUGACAUGCAGGAACUAGUCGCUCGUAAAAUGAAACAAGCCCCUCCACUAGCCAGUCAAAAAGCAGCUAUGGAAGAUCUUCUCCGUUGGAAUGACUCUUCAGAUGAAGAAGAACAAUUAGAGGUACGUGAAAAAGUAAAUCAGAUUGGAGGUCUACACGGAGAAAACUCAUUCGUAAAUGAGCAUAAUAAUAGAAUUCUUCAAAUGGAAGCCGAUAUUGUUGAUGUUAACGAGGUUUUUAACGAGACGCCUAAUGUUCAACCGUCGAAGGUGUCAUGUGUUCCGGCGAGUGAAAGCACUCCACUUCUUCAGAGCAACUCCUCAGAAAUACGUGUAUCAGGGAGUAGCAGAAUAAGCCGAAAAGUAAAAAUCGGUUUGGUUAUUACUUGCCUAUUCUUAAUUAUUAUAUUUGUUGCUGUGCUGUUACUUGUUUUAGUCUUUCACUUUUAG